AUGGCCAACUUGGCGCAGCUCCUCAACCCCAAGGCCUUCCCUGCCCGGCUGCGCCUUCGCAUCGUCGCCGUCUUCUUCGCGCUGGCCGUCUGCUACGCCGGGUUCACGCUAUGGCGCGACGACGUGUGGAUGUGGCAGAGGACGGCUGCGCGCACACAACUGCCCAUCGCCUACGACCCGAUGCACCCCAUCAAGAAGCUCAUGAUUGACGCCCGCGACGAGCACCAGCGCGUCCUCGAGACGAAACGCUCCUACGACCUGCCCACGACCGCCGCGCGCUAUCGUGAGCGUCGCGGCCGACACCCGCCGCCCGGCUUCGACAAAUGGGUCGAGGCCGCCAUCGCCGCCGACGCCGUCAUCGUCGAGGACUACUUUGACCGUAUCUACAAGGACCUCGCGCCGUUCUGGGCCCUCGACGCCGCGACCCUGGCCUCCCGCGCCGCCGCCGGCGAGUUCGUCGUCAAGGUCCGCGACGGCAACAUCACCAUGCAGGGCCUCAAGGAGGACCGCGUGCCCUGGCUGCAGAACUGGUCCAAGCUGGUCGGCGAGUUCGCCGAGCAUUUGCCCGACGUCGACAUGCCCAUCAACAUGAUGGACGAGCCGCGUAUCGUCGUCCCGCACGAGAACAUCAGCGCCCUCGUCCACGCCGAGCUCCAGGCGCGCAGCAUCGUGCCCGUCGCCGACGUUACCACCAGCUUCACCGGCCUAAAACACAUCGACGAGUCCAACCCGGAGCCCUACGAGCCCGAGUGGUCCGGCGCUGACAACGCCUAUUGGGACCUGGCCGUCAAGGCGUGCCCGCCCGGCACCCCCGCGCACGGCGUCCCCUCGGUCGGGGACUUUGCGCCGCCCGCCGCCGUCCCCGCCGACUGGCGCCCGCCGUACGCCUUCCGCGGCUACGUCCGCAACUGGACCGCCGCGCUGGACCCCUGCGCGCAGCCGCACCUGCGCCAGCUGCACGGCUCUUUCGUCGAGCCCAUCAGCAUCUCCACCACCGCCGAGCUCGUCCCGCUCUUCGGCGGCUGCAAGCUGUCCCUCAACAACGAGAUCCUCAUCCCCGGCGCCAUGUACCUCACCGACGAGGAGCGCUACUCGGGCGGCGCCGGCCACGGGCCGGACUGGGAGGCGAAGCGCGACGCGCUCGUCUGGCGCGGCGUCGACUCGGGCGGCCGCGCCCACGAGCACACCUGGUACCACCUGCAGCGCCACCGCCUCGUCGAGAUGCUCAACGCCACUACCGUCGCCCGCGUCGAGCGCACCGGCGAGCGCGCCCUCGCCUUCGACCUCCCCCCCCUCGACCUCUACCCCAGCCGGCGCCGCACCUCCAACACCUCCUCCGCCUCCUCGGCGCCGCUCGGCACCUGGCUCGCGCGAUUCGCCGACGUCGGCUUCACCUCGCUGUGCCACCCGGACGGCUGCGACUUUCUGCGGCCCUUCCUGCGCACCGCGCCGACCGUGCCGAUGAGCCGCCAGUACGAGGCCAAGUUCCUGCCCGACGUCGACGGCAACUCGUACAGCGCGCGCUUCCGCGGCUUCCUCCUCUCCACCAGCCUGCCACUCAAGGCCAGCGUCUACGCCGAGUGGCACGACGACCGCCUCGCCCCCUGGGUCCACUUCGUGCCCCUCGACAACACCCUGCAGGACCUCUACCCGGUCCUCGAGUUCUUCGCGGACGGCAAGGGCGGGCCGGGCGACGCGGCCGCGCGGCACGUCGCGGAGGAGGGCAAGCGCUGGGCGGAGAGGGUGCUCCGCAGAGAGGACAUGCGUCUGUACGUCUGGCGGUUGCUGCUCGAGUGGGCGCGCGUGUGCGACGAGAAGCGCCACGCGCUCGGGUUCGUCGCCGACUUGACGGGCUGA